AUGGCUAGUGGACUCGGUCAACGGCCACUCUCUGAAGUGAGCCCCAUGGCUCAGCGACGCAAUUCACCCAGCUGGAACCAGACAACAAAGAUGGCAAACGGCGAGUCCCCUGCCUACGAUGUAUCUCCUCUCAACAACAAUGCCUCCCCCCGUUUCUUCUGGAAAGGCCGCGAAUCUCCCUCUCCCUUCGCCAAGGGCUCCGAAAACCUUGCGCCAUAUGACCCUGAAGGUGUCUGCCUACCAACAAAGCGCCCGUCUCUCGAGGACCUCAAGCGCGCAUCACGUGUCAAGAACUAUAGCAUGUUUCAGAGUGGCCAAGAGUACGACCCGGCGCAGGUCUCACUUCCUCACAGACCGCUGGCCACCGAUCGAUCACCACACCGAGACAGCCAAAUGAACCUCGCAAAGUCUCAACUCCCCGAUGAGUGUAACAUGGAUCCUCUACCACGACCGGUUUCACCCAGUAAAGAUCAGCCGUCGCCAGGCAAGUCGUCGCUAUCCAAGGGUAGUCGAUAUGGAAAAGGUUUCGACCCACAGAAUGAUAUUUGGUCAGAGUAUGACAGCGCUGGCCACCGACAUGCGAAGAGUGUGACAUUUGAUGUUGCGCCUCCGCAAGUCAACGAGUAUGAAAUGCGCACCCCCGACCCAGCCUCUAUUGCCUCGGGAUCGCGUGAGAAUAGUUAUGACUCUGAAGAGGAAGGCGAUGUCAGCUUUGACCAUGACACUUCUUUUGAGCGCGAUGACAGCUUCGAUGCAUCCCUUGAAGAUAUUGAGAAGACACCUGUUGUUCUCCCCGAGGACUGGCGGUUCAUGACCCCUGACAGUGAGAACGGUGACGAAGAGUCCUUUGCCGAGUCUGUUGAGGAUCAUGUUGCCGAGGAGCGCCCUGUAUCCCGUGAGGGCGAAAAGUCCAGCCACACGCGAGUCGAAUCCCUCGACUCCGAUGGAGAGCGGCGCCCACUGCCGCCAUUGCCUUCACUGUCACGCCUAUCUCUCUCGGGACCGUCUUCACCGGGAAAGCUUGCUGCCGCUUUCGAGCUGGGCAGUGCUGGUCACCGCUCUCUGCCUGUUGCGCCUGCCGCUGCCUCUUACAAUAAAGCCGACAUCAGCGGCGCCAUGUCUCUCGAGGACCGGCUACGACUAAUGAUGCUCCAUGAGCAGAAGGGUGAGGAGAAGACAGAUGACGGAGAGACUAUCGACGACGUGGCUGCAAAGGCAUCUGAAAAUGUUGACAACACUGGCAUGCCUGCCGAGAACGAGGCUGAAGGCAACGAGCAGCCCAAGGAUGACCUGUUUUCUCCUCCUCGCAUCUCUCGUGACUCAAUCCUGAGAGAUAUUCGGAAAGGCGAGAGCUACGAUGAUGAAGACGACAUCUUUGGUGAUGACUGCCAAUUUGCCCCAAGUCCAGAUCCGUACCAGCAUUACGACCCCGAUAUCCCUAUCCCUUCCUUGGAAGAUGAUGACGACGAUGACGCUUCUAGCGUGAUCAUCAAGGAAGAAGCUCGUGAUGAUUCUCUCUACGCGAUUACAGAUUAUUACCAGCAUCUGUCUGAUAACAGUCUCUCCUCCCGGGAUCAACGUGCGACAUACGAUGAUGACAGCAAUUACUCGCUGCGAUCUGCCGCUGAAGUCGCUAGCAACAAUGCCGCCAGCAAGGGAUCCGGCGAGUCCACCCCCACUGCCGAAGAGCCAAAGGAAGGUUUGCUCGAUGGUUUGAAGUUGGAAGACCAGACUGCUGAGCCUCUCGAGACCCAGCCCCUUGACAUGGCCUCAAUCCGCCAGUCUCUUGGCCGUCCUGUGACUCCCGAGAUUAAACAAGAGCCCAUCUCUGAGCCAUCCACUCCCGACUCUGUGAUUCGUCAUCCCAUUGAAGAUGAAGGAGAGCACGAUGACGAAGGAUACGAGGAAGACAACGUCAGCUCUUCAGACGAGUCUAUCCCCGAGCCUGUCGCCACUAUCCGUGCCCCUGGCGCUGGACUCAAGACCCGACCAUCGCUCACCCCCGCAGAUAUGGAGUCGAUGGCUGCUACUCGCCGCAAGAUCAGUGGUCAAUACCCGCCUCCCAUGCCAACACUGACAAAGCAGAUCUCGAACGAAUCCGAGAAAUCUGAUCGCGAGGACAAACCCAGCGACCUCCCACCUCAGCUUUCCUUGCCGUCCAACCUCACUCAACGACAGGCCAGCCUGAUGCAAUUGGAUAUUCCGUUCAGCAUUCAGGAGGAAAGUCUUGGCUCUGGCCUGAGCAAAGAAUUCGAUCGCGUCAUCGAGUCCCAAAAGGUUGCGUUCGAACUCGCUCUUUCCCAGCUUUCCUCUUGCCCUCAGCCGGUCCCCAGGGCUCAAACCCAGCCGGCCCCACAAACCCCAGGACAUUCCAGCUCAGACAAUGCAUUGAAAGCAGCCACUAAUAGUCUUCAUUACAAACAGAGAGGCUACCUCAUGAGACAAAACACCAAGGUUGUCAUUGCUAGCAACCGAAACGAAGAGGAGCCCGCCCUGGCCGCCGAUCAGGACACUGCGGAUCCUCGCGGUACUCGUUCGGCUGGCUCUUCUCCUCGCAAAGCCAGCCAGCAGACAUGGACAACAGUUCCCUGGAAUGGCCAGGCUCGCCGGCCUAGUGUGAAGCUGGCGGGCGCCAUCCCUAAGAAGAAGCCCGUUCCCGGAUCUGUUCCUCCUCUCCCUGGCCAACCCAGCAAUGUGCAAGAGGCUCCUGCAACCAUUGACGAGAACGAGCCUCUUGUGACCGAAACAUAUGAAGAGGGAGAAGAGCGCGGUCGACUGUUUGUCAAGGUUGUCGGCAUCAAAUACCUUGACCUGCCUAUGCCCCGUGGUGAACGAUCUUACUUUGCGCUUACCCUAGACAAUGGUCUUCAUUGUGUGACAACCUCGUGGCUCGAACUGGGCAAGUCUGCUCCUAUCGGACAGGAGUUUGAGCUUAUUGUGCAAAACGACCUAGAGUUCCAACUCACCCUGCAGAUGAAGGUUGAUGAGAACAAGUUCUACCCACAAGAGAUUCCCGGAUCUCCUCGCCAGAAGACGUCCGCUCUCAGCCGUGUCUUUGCCUCGCCUCGCCGCCGCAAAGAGCUUGACAUGAAGCAGCAGAUGCAGUCACAACAGCAAAAGGCCAACAAUGUCAAUGCUCCUGUGUACGAGAGACUACGCAACCUGGUUGCCCGCGACGGCAGCUUUGGACGUGCUUACGUCGCAUUGAGUGAUCACGAGAAGAUGGCCUUUGGUCGCCCCUAUACCGUCGACAUUGCUUGCUUCAACGAGUGGGCGGUGGAUGAGCAACCCAGCAGUGUGAAGAGCAAGAAGAGCGCAACCAGCGUGACCGCCCAGCGCCGGCCUCCUUACAAGAUUGGAAAGCUGGAGCUGCAGUUGCUGUUUGUUCCCAAGCCCAAGGGCAGCAAGGAUGAAGACAUGCCCAAGAGCAUGAACGCUUGUAUUCGCGAAAUGCGCGAUGCUGAGAGUCUUGCCGCUCGUUCCUGGGAAGGAUUCCUUUCACAGCAAGGUGGAGACUGUCCUUACUGGCGCCGCCGCUUCUUCAAGCUCCAGGGCUCGAAACUGACCGCAUACCACGAGACUACCCGCCAGCCACGUGCUACCAUCAACCUGGCCAAGGCCUCGAAACUCAUUGACGACCGACCCUCCUUGACUCAAAGGGAGACCAGCACUAAGGGUGGUGGUCGCCGCAAGUCUGCCUUUGCCGAAGAGGAGGAGGGUUACAUGUUCGUCGAGGAGGGAUUCCGUAUCCGGUUCGGUAAUGGUGAAGUGAUCGACUUCUAUGCGGAUUCAGCCGCGGAGAAGGACGGUUGGUUGAGAGUUAUGUCUGAGGCCGUCGGCAAAGGGUCAUCGACUGGCAGUGGUGCGAUCAAGCCUUGGGCUGACCUAGUUCUCAAGCGUGAGAGCAGCAUGAAAGCUCGACGUAAGACUGCGGACCGCUUUCCUCCCAGCGGUAUUCCUGUUGCUUCAGCAUCCCCAGUCGGAAAACGCCCCAGUGGAGUUGGAGCACCACCAGCUUCUGCAGGUAAUGGGGCGCAGGCGUCCCAGUCCCCCCGGCCCCGACACAAGCACACCUUCUCUCAACCCGAGCUGCCGAGUGCCGAAGCUCGCCGCCAGAAGACCCGCUCCCUCAUGUUCUAA